AAAUAUGUUCAAGGGGAAAUCUUUUUCUAGGAAUACAUAAAUAAAUCUUUCACCGGUAAUAUUACUCUUUGAGUCGUCGUGUGCGUUUCGAACUUCAGUUUAAGACCAUGGGUAAGAAAAACAAGAAAGAUUCGAAAGGGAAAGGAAAGGAAAAAACAACUAUGAAGACAGAGAAAAAAGCUGAAAAGCGUUUGAAAAAAGAAUUAGCUGCCAAAGGAGAAGAAGAUAUAGAAAAAUUAAUUGCUGAAUUUCAAGAAAAAGACCGUGAGAAGAAUAAGGUAAUUGAAGAAAAAUGUGAUCCUCCAUCUCAAAGAUGCAAUGCCACAUUCACUGCACAUCCAGAUAAAGAAGAAUUGGUUUUAUUUGGAGGUGAAUAUUAUAAUGGAAAGCAAAUGUUUAUGUACAACGACUUGUUCUUUUAUAACACCAAGAAGAAUGAGUGGCUCAAAGUCACUGCUCCUAACGCACCACCACCCAGAAGUUCCCAUCAGGCUGUCAUGUUAAAACAAGGUGGAGGUCAGCUAUGGAUAUUUGGUGGUGAAUUUUCCAACCAUAGUCAAUCUCAGUUUUACCACUUCAAAGAUCUUUGGGUGUUUUAUCUAAAAGAUAAAAAGUGGGAGAAAGUGAAGGCUGUCGGAGGACCUUCAUCUCGAAGUGGCCAUCGUAUGGUUAACUACAAAAAAAUGUUGGUAGUUUUUGGUGGUUUCAAUGACAACUAUAGAGAUUACAAAUACUACAAUGAUGUCCACAUCUUCAACCUGGAAACUUACACUUGGAUUAAGGUAACCAUUAAUGGCACUCCACCUUCACCUCGUUCAGGCUGCAUUUUGGUUUCAAGUCCAAGUCUAAACAAGAUUUUUGUAUUUGGAGGUUACAGUAAACAACCAAUUAAGAAAGAUGUUGACCAGGGUUGUUGCCACACUGACAUGUUUGCUUUAAUGCCAGAAGGUAAACAAGAGAAAAGCAGUAUGGUGUCAUUACACUGGAAAUGGCAACCUGUGAAGCAGUCUGGCUUUUGUCCUGACCCACGAAGCAGUAUGCCUUCCGUUGUGGUACCAGGUUCAAAUCAUGCCAUAUGCUUUGGUGGAGUCUAUGAUGAUGAAGAAAAUGAAGAAAGCAUCACCAGUAAAUUCUUUAAUGAUUUAUAUUCCGUUGAUCUUGAGAAGGCUUACUGGAACAAAAUAUCAAUCAAUGAAAAGAAGACAACAGGUGAGAAGAAGCGCCGUAAAAAACAAGAAGAUGAAUGUGAUGAAGACAAAAGUUCCGACGAUGAAGCAAAAACUGAAGAUUCUGCUGAUAAUGCUGCAGCAGAUUUGGAACAGUUAGAAUUAAAAGAGCCUGUCGAAAAGGUAUCUACAAGCAGUGAUGGUGUAUUUACUGUGGUCAUAGGACCAAGUUCUGAAACAGCUUCCGGUCUCACAGAAUCUGAUAAUCCAUCUUCAAAUACAUUUGAUCCGUUUAUGCCAUCUCCAAGAAUGAACUGUUUAUUAGCAAUCACAGGUGGUCAGCUUUAUUUAUAUGGAGGUCUCUUCGAAGAUGGUGACGCACAGAUUACUUUGUCUGACUUUUAUUCUUUGGAUCUCAGCAAGAAACACAAGUGGAAUACAAUUAUUGAAAUGGAUACUAAAAAGCUGGAAUGGGAGGAAUCAGAUUCUUCAGAUGAUGAUAAAGAAAGUGACAGUUCGGAUACUGAAUCUGACAUGGAUGUGGACGACAAUGUUCCAGAUAUAAAUGAUGGAGAAAGUGAAGAAAAAUACUUUGAACGUACACAAGAAUUCUGGCUUCAGCAAGCCAAAGAGAAUGCUGAGGCUGAAAAGGAAACUCUCAGUGUUAAACAAAUAAAGAAACUUGCUUUACGGAUGUGCCAAGACUACCUUCAUGACGACUGAGUUUUCUGUAAUAAAAUAUAUAUUUCUAAUAA